AUGGAUUUUCCAGCACUUCCUUAUUUUCCUAUCACUAUUGAUACAGAAUUCUCUCACCUGAGAUAUGCAGUUUGCCAGUGUCUUCAAAGCCAUGAUGCCAAGCGUAGGAAAAUGUUACAGCAUGAGCUGCAAAAACUCUGGAUUAGUGAAUCCAAUCCCAAUUAUGUUAUGGCCCUGCUGUCGGUUAGAACAGGUUUUGAUCUUUUCCUCACGGUCAAGAAUUUUCCACCUGGUUCAGAGGUCAUUAUGUCGGCUAUAAAUAUCCCUGACAUGAUCCCUCUAGAUAUAAGCAUCGACACAUUGGAGCCAAAAAUUGACCUUCUGCCAAAAUUAAUUUCUGCCAAAACGGUAGCCAUUGUUGUAGCUCACUUGUAUGGGAGAAUUAUAAACAUGCAGCCGGUAAUUGAUGCUGCUGCAGAAUUUAACCUUGCUGUUAUAGAAGAUUGUGCUGAAUCAUUCUGUGGUUUCAGCCACAUAGGUCAUCCUGACUCAGAUCUAGCGUUGUUUAGUUUUGGAGUCAUGAAAUUCUACACUUCCUUUGGUGGAUGCAUUGCCAAAGUAAAAGACCAGGAAAUUUUACAGAAAAUGCAGACGUUUUAUGAAACCUACCCUGUACAGACUUCUGGAAUGUACCUGAAAAAAGUGUUAAAGUAUUCUAUAUUGUAUUCAUGGUUGCAAGUUGGAUUCCUUCCAAAGUUUGGUCAAGAGGUUCUCAGCAGACUUGGGGUAGAUUAUAAAUCAUUAUUUGUUGGACUGAUGCGGGGAUUUCCAGAUAAAAUGCUGGAGAUGAUUCGAUGGCAGCCUAGUACAGCACUCCUUGCCACAAUGUUGUAUCGCCAGAAAGCCUUCAAACCGUCCGAGUUUGACUUACAGAAGAUUAAGGGGCAGUACUUUCUACAGAACCUCCCAGAAGGAUUUGAAGCAGUAGGAGAGCAUGCUUACAUAAAUAACUUUUGGUUGUUUCCAGUUUUAGUGGAGGAAGUUGACACAGUAGUGAACACGCUCAAUCUGCUAGGUGUGGAGGCAUACCGCGGAGCCACUCAGCUCAGCAUCGUAGAACCUAGUGGUGGGGAGGAAAGGAGCAGCAUUCUUGACCCACUUAGUCCAAAGGACAAAGCCACCCUGAAUGCUCACUAUCCACACGAAGCCAAGUUUUUGAUUGAUCACGUAAUUUACCUGCCAGUACACAAGCUAGUCCCAAUCUAUAUUCUUGAUCAAAUGCUCAAAAUUUGUUCUUUAGCUAUGAAAUCAUCAAAACAACCCGAUACACGAUUUUUACCUACUAGGAAUAAAUUAUUCAAAUCAAAAUUGUAA